GCAUCAGGUGCCUGGUGCCCUCUGGGCAAGCAGGGAGCUCUAUAAAAGGUGUCUACAUCAGGUCCUUCCAUCCACUUCUCUCACCUGUUCUGCCUUCGUGAACCAGAUUAACCUCCAAUCCCUGCAAAAUGUCCUGCUAUGACCUGUGCUCCACCUCUGGCUCCGGCCUCAUCCGGCCCCAGCCCAUCGCCGACAGUGGGAAUGAGCCAUGUGUGCGCCAGUGCCCCGACUCCACCACCGUCAUCCAGCCUCCCGCCGUGGUGGUCACCUUCCCCGGCCCCAUCCUCAGCUCCUUCCCGCAGGAUUCCGUGGUGGGAUCUGCUGGAGCGCCCGUCCUUGGAGCCUCUGGGGGCUCCCUGGGCUAUGGGGGUUAUGGAUCCCUGGGUUACGGGGGCUAUGGAUCCCUGGGCUACGGGGGCUAUGGAUCCCUGGGCUAUGGGGGCUAUGGAUCCUUGGGCUAUGGGGGCUAUGGCUCUGGGGGUUAUGGUGGUCUCUGUGGAUACGGGGGUUAUGGAUCCCAGGGCUAUGGGGGUCUGUGGGGCUAUGGGGGCUCCUCCCUGGGCUAUGGGGGUCUGGGGUCCUGUGGGGGUUACCGGGGCCUGUAUGGCUCUGGGAGGUCCUUUGGAUCCUUUGGCUCCUGGAGCCCUUGGUCCUCCCGCUAUGGCCGCUACGGCCGCGGCAGCUGCGGCUCCUGCUAAACCUGACAGAAAAAUCCCAAGUGAGGUCUCACCAACAGAUGAAAUGUGAUGGUUUCACAGCCAACGAGCUCGGAACCACUGCUGCUCUAUCCCAAGACCACGGAUUUGUAGCUGUUCAGCCCCUUUUGAAUUUCUCCUCUUUCAGCUUCUGCCGUAAAGCUUCUCCUGCCCCAUUUCCGUGUUGCCUGGGGGAAAUAUGGAACAAAAGGGCUCAAAAUGGGUCCUGCUUGUUCCCAUCAACAGCUGGGAUUUGGAAGAGAACCCAAAUCAAACACAUGUGAAUGUGCCUCUGGCUGGAGAAGAGUUUUGUACUUCUUGGAGACUCUGAAAAUGCAUUGCUUUGCUUGCUAUCAUUAAAAGUUUGUUGCAUCAAA